UUCAUUCAUCCACCCCACUAUCUCCCUCCUCACCCUCCGCGUCGGCCUCGCUGAGCUCGCCACCAGGUCCGCCUUCACUCUGCCGCGUCGAUCCCCCGAGAAACUCCCGUAGCACCGUUGCCUGUCAGCCAAGGAGCAGCCGACACCCGAUUCGCGUCCAGGAGCAGGGUGAUCUCCUUCCUUCUACCGGAAAUUUACGGGGCUAGGUCGCCGUCCUCGCCUCCUUCCCCAACCGAGCGGACGGCCGCGACGAGCCCCUCGACGACCGCUUCCUCCUCUCGAGCAGGAUCCGGAGCCGCGGGCUCCUUCUUCCUCCUCGACGUCAAGUCGCCGUUGCCGCUGGCCGAAGCUCCGUGCCGGCCUCCCUCGCCCUCCUUCGCCUCUGCUGACCUCGGAUUUGAGCCCAGGAGAAAAAAAAUGACAGGGGUAAAUCAGAAACCACACCCUAGGAGAAAAUCAAGAAAGGUUCAACAGCCAAAGAAUUCACCCAAGGAAAAGCUAAUGAAAGAGCCCGCUGGUCAAGACACUGAUGAACGGAGUGAUCUUCAAGUGGGAAGUGUUGUAGAUCCUGUUCUACCCAGUGCUAAAUUUGAACCUGAACCUCCUACUGUUCCAUUGUUAACUGGAGACAGUGCAUGGCUGUAUGCGGCUCGUGGUCUUGACCUUUCUUCUGGCACUCUGCCUGAGAAUUUGUGCACCGGAGGCGUUGUAACUUCAUAUAUUAUUGAGCAAGUUCCCAAAGAACAAUCACCAGACACUUUAUGUCAAGGGUCUUUUAAGUUUCAACAUGAUAAUGGUGGAACUGAUUCUAUUAGGUGCUCAUUCAAAUUUGCGAAGUCUGUAAUUCACGCAAUGGAAUUAUACUCUGCAGCAAUUCGUGUCUCAAGUCCAGGUCUUGGAAAGAUAUAUUUCACUACAUAUUGUGUUCCUUUGGCUUGCUAUAUCGUGGUGUAUGAACCGUUGUUACAUUAUGAUGAUCUUCAUCAUAACAAAAAAGCAGAAGAUUCAAUCUGUAAUUCCAAUAAAAUUAUAAAAAAGAGGUGGCUAGCUAACAUAAGGAAUAUUUAUGAGGGCCUCGAUUUACUUCACUCAUUGCGCAUAAGUCAUCCUUUGACAAAUAAGGUGUUUAGUUACAUGUGGUGCAAGACAGAGGACGGAUCUAUUGGAUCUGUAAAGUUAAUAGGUGCAAAUGGAAGCAUGCAAACAAUGACCAAACACAAUAAUACAGUGAGUAGAGAGCGAGAUGAACGUGCGGGUGUUUUACAUUUCCUUGAGAAACUUCGUAUUGCGGAGUGCCCUGAUUAUCCGUCAUUCAGAUGGCUUGUUGAAAACAGUGUUUCUGCUAAAGCGAUUCUGGGGCAUCCACUGCUUACUAAAUCAGACGAGGCCAUAGUUGAUGUAUAUUACUGGUUACACGAGUCCGUGUUAAGCCUAGAUGGAAAUCAACGCAGUAUGUUGCAGAAUGAUCUGAAUGCCAAAUUCCCUACUUUAGCAAAUACUUGGAGAAACACAGUGAAGUCAAGUACUGCUUUUGUGGGAGUGAAAGUUGCUAAGUACUAUGAUGAUCUCUUGGAUCUACUGUGCUUUGUCAGGAAUUAUAUUGAACACAAGCGUGACGAAGCGUUAUACAUUUAUUCACGUGUGAACCAUAAGAACAUUGUCGUCGAAUUAUCAAAGGCAUUCCCGACAUUCUUGGCCUGGGUUUACACCUAUAUUAAACUUUUUUGAAAAAGAACUUGUUACUGAAGAAACAUUUCCUCUCUGUGAAGCUGGUGGGGUUAUGUAAUGAGGGCUUCAAUGGCUGGUGGCUCAGCUCAUUCAAGCGUUUAGUGUUCAGUUUAAUUGGGGGUUUGCUUGGAAGUUUAAAGAACAUUCAGUUGGCAGCUUCUUGGUUCAAACUGUCCCUAAUUUGGUCUACAUGGAACUAAGAGUGUGGUAAGAACUACAAAGUGGAUUGACUCUGCAGUAGAAAAAAUGAAGCUCUAUUCAGUCUGAGCGAGGUCUUUUCGGGUUCCAAUUUUGAUGAGACAUAGAGAUGGCUCCUCGGAGACAGAAUCCAUGUUAUGGACUGUACAACUGUGGAUAUACUAGUGUAUUGGUCACAUGGAAUUAUUAGAAUCAAGGCCAGAGUCAGGGACCCUAAGGAAAUCCCUAGAACUGCAAUUGAGGAAAUAGUGGAGGGUGGCCCUUUACUUGAUGGCAUGUUGAUCAGCAACAGGGAUAAUGUCUCUAAAGGAGGGAAUAUGACACCAAAAAGACCAAAAGGUGGCGGCUCAGAUAAUGCAUCUGUUUCUAAUGGCACUUGUACUAUGAAUGUUGAUGGAGUUAUCUCUGGUCAGUUCAGCUAGUAAGUGGAGAUAAUAUCUGUUAUAGAACAAGUGGUGAUCCUAGAGCAUGGCCGAAACUUUACAAUCCCUAUUCUUAUGUAGGCAAGUUCACACACGGCAAGUUUUACUAUUAUCAAUGGAAGAAGUUCUGAUAUGUCCACCACUGAGGCCAGACCAGUAGGCCAUAUGGGUUGCUUCUUGAUUCUAACCACGAAGAAUUUUAUUUUGUUAGGAAGGGUUCAUUUUCUCUCUUCCGGUGUUUGAAAGAUCUGGAGCAACUUAUUUAUGGUUCUUCAGAUGAAUGGGGGAAAUCUCGGUGGUGUUGGAAUGAACUUACUGGACGACAUAUCUGACUCUGGAACCCUCAUUGAAGUCCUUAGGUGCAUGUGCCAUGUAAACCAUCUACUGGGGUGAUCUUCUGCUGCAAUAUAUUACGAGUCCCUCACCAGUUCUGUUAUAUCAUCUGAUUAAAUUGUUACUCAGAUAUUAAAGAAACUGGCUAACGUGUUUGCUCACCCCAUUCACAAACAUGGAGGCAAGUGCCUGUCGUGCCCAAGUUUAGGCAAGAGUGGCUGCACAUGUGGGGUCUGUUGAAGUAUAUGUGGAACCUACAGUUACUCCCUCCGUCCAGGUGUGUAAGUCAUCUUACGAAAAUCAGGUAUUCCCAAAAGUCUUAGGCACAACACAUUAAAUUCCAUCCUUGUUUUUAUCCCAGCCUUGUACUGCUGCCCACGAGAAAUAUGCAUGAUAGGAAGAGGAGGUGCCCGCAGAAGAAUGACCCGUGCAUGCAUCGCAGCUGGGCGUUGAUUAGGCAAGAAGUUGAUGACAGUCUUGCAUGCGUUCACGUAGGUGGCCUGAGAGAGCUCAAACAGCAUCCUAAUAAGUAGCAAAUCAAUGCUGAUUUUGCUUCCGCUUAAAACAGCGCUGUGAUUGGAAGUUUUUCUAGUUGUGGUGCUGCUCCUCGUCCAAUCUUAAGCCACCUAGGUCGCGCUGCUCCUUCUAAUGUGACUUAUUCACCUAGACGGAGGGAGUACUAUCUUUCCAUAAAUUGCAAUCAAGAUCUACUCCCUGGUUGGCUGUAUUUGAUGUGAUUGAGAGCUUCAUGAAGUGUUUGAACACGAAGAUCACCAUACAAGAAUGAAUUGAAGAAAGUUUGUGAUUUAAAUUCCGUGUUAUUUGUUCAGGCUACAUAGAACGAUGUUUGAGUGCUUUUGAUCUAUUCUCAGUUAUUUGGUUGGUGUCGGUGGGCAGGGCUCAAAUUUCAGUAUGGGCCCACCAAGUACUAGUUGAGAUUUCAGAAGGAAGGCUUCAUGCAGGUUUGUGGCGUUCAGUUGAGCUCAGCAACAUCUCGCUGCGCGAGAAUCAUGGUCGCCAUUUGGUGGAUCUUAUGAGUAUGCUGGACAUAGCUGUUGCAUCUCUGGGAGUCAAAGACCGUUAUGUAGAGUACAAUGCUGUCAGGUGCCACCUUCUACUAGAAAUGUAGCUCAUCUUCAGAAGUAGGACAAAUAUUCUUGUGUUGAUAGGUCAACUUUUUAUCUGCACGUGCAAACUCUUAGGAAUUUCCCAAUUGAAAAACUUUAUGGAGAGGUGGUCCUGUUGUGACUUGAUUCUGUUCUUCUUUUGGAUCCUCUAGGAUUAUUUAGUUGCUCACUGAAAAGGACACUGUCAACUAUCAAAUACCUGUACAAAGCAGGAGGGAAAGUUCUUCUAGUUACCAGUCCCCCAGUCUGUUAAUCCAGUGUUCAAGUCAAUCAAAUCUUUUGCAGCUAACUUAUCCAGAACAGCUUCUUUUGUUCGUUCUUGAUAACUGAAAAUAAUCUGUCAUAAAUGCUGAUAGUCAGACUAUAUGUCAGCGCUUCUUCAAGUAAAGGUCAUCCCGGUGGAUGGUGUCCCUUGUUUAACAUCAUGUAAGAAGGAAGAAUGGGUGCAGAAUGAUAUUAUCUUGUUUGAAAAUCUUUUGAACUUCAGGGGAGAAAAAUGCAAACUGCAAUAAUUUUUCUCAGAAGCUAGCGUCAGGUGCAGCAAUCUUUGUCAAUGAUUCUUUCUCAUUGUCUCAUAAGAUUCACGCAUCAACGGUUGGCAUCACUCGUUUCUGCUAUGCAUCUCUUGCUGGUUUCCAUUUUGAGGAGGAGCUUAUGCAAUCGCUAAAGAUCAAUGACACCACAAGGCGCCAUACAUAGCAAUAAUUGGAGGCAGUAACUUCUUGAGAAAGGCACCUGCACCGCAUCUGUUAGCCUUCAACGCGAUGGGUUGUUUCUUGUUGGAAAGUUAUCAUUUCAAAUAAUGAAUGGCCUUGGAAUUCCAGUGUCCUCCUGUUUGCUAGAAAAAAAUGCAACCAAGGAAGUGUUACAACUUAUUAAAAUAGCCCAUAAUAGGAACAUUCCUAUUUAUUAUCCAACAGACCUGUGGUGUUUGAACAGCAACAAUAAUGAACAACUCGAAAUAUUUGACUCA